CUCCCGGGACCCGUAGACGCGACCUGACCCAGAUGCUGUCAAUAUGGCGGCGCCCAGGCCGCUGUCCCGCUUCUGGGAGUGGGGCAAGAACAUCGUGUGCGUGGGCAGAAACUACGCGGACCAUGUGCGGGAGCUGCGCAACGCGGCGCCCAGCGAGCCGCUGCUCUUCCUGAAGCCGUCCAGCGCCUACGCGCCCGAGGGCUCGCCCGUGCUCCUGCCGCCCCACACGCGCAACCUGCACCAUGAGCUCGAGCUGGCCGUGGUGCUGGGCCGCAGUGGGCGCGCCGUGCCCGAGGCCGCCGCCAUGGACUACGUGGCCGGCUACGCGCUGUGCCUGGACAUGACCGCCCGGGACGUGCAGGACGAGUGCAAGAAGAAAGGCCUGCCCUGGACUCUGGCCAAGAGCUUCACCGGCUCCUGCCCCGUCAGCGCCUUCGUGCCCAAGGAGAAGGUCCCCGACCCCCACCGGCUGAAGCUCUGGCUCAAAGUCAACGGCCAGCUGCGGCAGGAGGGGGAGACUUCGGCCAUGAUCUUUUCCAUCCCCUACCUCAUCAGCUAUGUCACCAAAUUCAUAGCCUUGGAGGAAGGCGAUAUUAUCUUGACCGGGACGCCCAAGGGCGUUGGGCCCGUGAAGGAAAACGACGAGAUCCAGGCCGGCAUCGAAGGCCUCGUCAGCAUGACGUUCAAGGUGCAAAGGACAGAGCAUUGAGUGCUCGCCAAGAUCGGAGCAAGUCAAGGUUAUUCGCAGGAAAGCAGCGGUUUUAAGUGAUUGCAUUCGAUUACUGUUUGUCCCUCCCUCGACUCAGAAAUGAUGGCCCCUCAAAGGACGAUGUGAAGGGAAACAGCCUGGACAGAGAUGGGAAGAGAGAGUUUUCUAGGAACAACUAGAAUAAAGUAUUUGCUGACACUCCUAAAGAGGUUUCUCCCAAGCAAAAUGUUCGUUCGUCUCUUAUUCUUCUAAAAUUGUCUCCAUGGAACUGGACUUCGGUAGGAAACAUGCCACUUUGGGGGGACAGGGGUGCAUGCUGGGGGAUUAGACUGAGAGGGGACAAUGACUGUGGUGGAAAUUAACCUGAAAGACGUAUUGCUGAAAGGUGAUGAAGUGUUUUAUGCAAAACCCUAGCAGUAAUCAGUACUGUAAACCAUAAUACAGAAUCUUUUUCUGUUUGGGGGGGGCUACAGCUUUCGAUACUCAGGGCUUACCUUGAGUGCAGAAUCUGUAUUACUCCAGUAUUACUCCUGGAGGUGCUUAGGGGAGCAAAUGGGAUGUUGGGUUCGUUCAAAGCAAGAAAUAUAUCCAGGCCCAAGGGAUAGCACAGUGGUAGAGUAUUUGUCUUGCACGUGACCCACCAGGAACUGACUCGGAUUCGAUCCCUGGCAUCCCAUAUGGUCCCCCGAGCCUGCCAGGAGCGAUUUCUGAGCGCCAAUGGAUGUGCACCCACCCCCAAAGAAAAAGAAGAUGCCCACUGAACUAUCACUCCAGCUCCAGCAAAAUCUUUUUUUUUUUUUUUUUUUUAAGUACCUCUUGCAGUGAGUAGGAGGCAGAUCAGGCAGAGGGGAAAGCGUUGGUGGAGGGAAGUGGACACUGAUGACAAGACUGGUGUUGAAAGAUUGUGUGCUCGAAACUCAAUGAAUAACUUUGUAAUUUCACGGUGACUAAAAAAAUAAAAUUAAA